UUUAUAAAUAAUAAUAAAAAAAAAGAUCCUCUGAGGAGGGCAGUUUUUUUGUGAUGGCAACUUCACUUCUGGGGGUGAGUCUAAGGAUUUUCUUGCUGGUUUAAUUAGCUCUUUGUUGUUGGAUCGAGGUGGUUAAAAAAGUCCCAGUCAAGGCAGGACUAUCAGUCUCCUGUUGAGAUUUUUUUUAUAAAGCAAGAGGUAAAAGAAGGGCCGAGUCACUUUUUAGUUUGGCACCGCUCUGAGGGCAUUUGCACGAACUUCCUCUAAACGCGAUCCCACGGAGAGGCAAAGGGAGGCCUCACUUUUACAUUUCAGCAGAGUUACCUGUGAUCUUUUUUGUAAAAAAAAUUGUCUCCUGAUUUAUCCUUGCGAUCCUGCAGGUUCUACAGGAAGAACCGAGGCUAGGAUCAACUCCUCUGGCGAUGUUGGCCGCAACGUGCAAUAAAAUCGGCAGCCCGAGCCCGUCUCCGUCCCUAUCGGACAAUGCGUCUUUUGGGAAAGGCUUCCACCCUUGGAAAAGGUCCGUCUCCAGUUGCAACAGUGGCUCCAGCCUCUCGGGCUUCGGGGCCAGGAACGGGGCAGGACUGUCCGAUUCCUUCAGUGUCAGCUGCUCCUCGGGAGGAGGCGGCGGCGGAGCUAGCGGCGGAGGAGGCGGCGGAGGGCCAGGGGGCAGCAGCGCCUUCUCGCUCACCUCCAACCCGGCUUCCAGCUCGCCUUUUGGGAACGAGUACUCGGUGUUUCCGUCGGCGGCGGCCAGCAGCGGCUCACAGGACACCGGCCAGCCGGUCUUCAUCUCCAAGGUGCACACCACGGUGGAUACGCUGCCCAACAGCCUGCAGGGCAUCUACCCGCGGGUGGGCAUGGCGCACCCGUACGAGCCCUGGUUCAAGCCGUCGCACCCGGGCAUCGCGGGCGAAGUGGGCGGCGGUGCCAGCGCCUGGUGGGACAUGCACCCGGGCGCGGCAGGCUGGCUCGACGUGCAGAACCCGAACGGGCCGCUCGCCUCGCCGCUGGGCGCCUACAACUCGGACUACCCGGCCCUCGGCCACUCGGCCUUCAGCACAGCGGCGGCUAUCAGCGGAGGCUCAUCUCACCUCCUGGCUGGAGGGCAGCAUCUCAUCGCCCAGGAGGGUUUCAAACCGGUGCUGCCACCGUCGUCGUACCCAGAGCCGGCCCCUUCGCCCUUGGCUAGCAACCCGGCGCUGGCAGCUCCGGGAGGGUUGAGUUCCGCCGCCCGCGGCUCUUCGGCCCGUCGCUACUCGGGCCGGGCGACUUGCGACUGCCCCAACUGCCAGGAAGCCGAGCGCCUGGGUCCAGCCGGGGCUAGCCUGAGGAGGAAAGGUCUGCACAGUUGCCACAUCCCGGGCUGCGGCAAAGUCUACGGGAAAACGUCGCACCUCAAGGCGCACUUGCGCUGGCACACGGGCGAGAGGCCGUUCGUCUGCAACUGGCUGUUCUGCGGGAAGCGCUUCACCCGCUCGGACGAGCUGCAGCGCCACCUCCGUACCCACACCGGAGAGAAGCGCUUCGCCUGCCCGGUCUGCAACAAGCGCUUCAUGCGGAGCGACCACCUCAGCAAACACGUCAAGACCCACCAAGCCAGCGGGCUAGCAGGAACGGGAGGUGGAGGAGGAGGGGGACCCGGGGCUCCUACUGCAGCUGGAGCAGGAGCCGCUACCGGCGGCAGCAAGAAAGGCAGCGAUACCGACAGCGAGCACAGCGUCCCCGGUUCCCCUCGCUGCCCAUCCCCGGCCGAGUUGCUGCAGGCGGCAGCCCAGGGAGGUUCCGCAUCCGCCCUCAACGGCCUCGACUGAAGCUGCAACCACACACACACACAAAAAGUAGGGCUUUAACUUUUCAGGAGAGAUUGACGUGUAAGUACAACUUCAAAACUAAAGGGAGAGCUUUAACAGAGAGACAGAGAAAUCAACAGAUAAAGCGCACCCGAACUCUGCUUUGCUAGCGUAGGCUGGGUGGCUGAGGACAAAAAAAUAAAUAAAUAAGAACCACAUUUCAAACUCGCUCCAAUCCCCCCAGGAUCCCCCAUCUGAUUUUUAUUUUCCUUUUACAAUUUGCCCGCCUGAUUCUGUGAACCCGACUUUCACCCGUUGCAAUGCAGUUUACACUUUUUUUUCUGCUCACAUCUCUCGAUAUCCAUUUUAAAUUUCCUUUUCAAAUCAAUGGACUACACCAACAUUGGUGAGUUCACACACAGGCCCACGUUGAUCACAAAUAGAAACGUAUAUUUGGCACGGUAUGUUUUCACCUCUGCACAGCCGACUGUUCAUUCGGGCCGCUUUUUCAAAAUCGAAUAUCUUGGCUUCUGCAAACGGGAAGGUUUCUCUCAACGCUUACCUAUUUUCCAAAUAUCUUUUCUUCCGAUCAAACGCACAAUCCUAAUAUAUGCCCAGGGCGAGAGUAUCCGGUUUCUUUUAUAUUUGUCCUCAACCACCUGAAGAAGUUCCAACACUUGUAGCUGCAAGUGCAAAUUCUGCUUGUGCAGGAGACGAUUUGUAUAUAUAGUAUUUUUUGCCUGUAAAUUCCUCGAUGAGUAUUUCAACAUGUAUAUUAAGGUACUUAUUCCUUUCGUUGUCAAAACGAGAAAUAAAAUGACGGACUGAUUUCAAACACGAUUGCCGGCGCUGUGUAGUGAGAAUGAUACGGAUAACAACUUUGUAAAAUAUCUGCAAGGCUUUGUAAAACUGGGGUCAGAAUUAAGAAUAGUUAAUUAUUAAAUAAUUACUCCACCAGUAUUUAGGUGAGAGACGUUAUUUGUCCAGGAGACGAUUUGUAUAGUACUUUCCUGUAAAUUCUUCUGAAAAAAAUUGAACAUAUAUAAGGGUAAAUUUAAGGGUUUUUUUUGGUUGUUGUCAAGAAAGUUAGUGAUAUGUCGCUGCAGAAUUCAGUGCGAUUUUCUGAACUUAUAUAUCUUGAGGUGUAUCCAGGAUGCACUUUGAGAACUUUUUUCUUUUUAUUUUGGAAUUGUGUAAACAAAAUCUAAUAGAAUGAAACAGACGAUGUUUGGUAAAUGUUGAAUGGCUUUUUAUUUUAUUUAAUGGAGCAUGUAUCUACUUCUUUGCAUAUACUGGCAGUCAGAUAGUUUAAAGGCAAAUUUCGCAUAUAUUUCGUAACAAGUGGGUUUGCAGCAGACCCCAAAAUAUAGAAUAAAUCCUGGAGUAGAUCUGACCUGAUGUCUGCGUGUAUUUGAUUUUUUUUUAGAAAAAAAAGUAUUUAAACGAUCAUUUAAACUGGAAAAUAUAGUAAAAGAUCUUUAAAUAAACCACUCAAUGACGACAAAGCUUGUAAAGUACAAUUAGGUACACCUAUUAGAGUAACCCAGCGUUAUUAACAGGUCGAAAGACACAGCAAGUACUAUAGGGUUUUGAACUCUGUCAUGUUCUGGGCACUUUUGAAGUGUUAAGUUCUCUCUAUUCGAGAGCAACUGACCUGAGGCUGUAUUUAAUACAUUUUCUUUGUAUCUCGGCACAGACAUGGAAUUAAUUGUACCUGAAAUGUGUGUAUCAAAAUAAAAUA